AUGUAAAUCAAACAGGAUGUACAUGUACAUUGUAUACAUGUAGAGUACUUAAAGUGGGGCCUAAAGUCUGAACAUUGGCAGACUUAAUUGUGAAAGAGACACUCCCUGUGAUGGUUUUGAUGCAGUUUAUAUUUUUACUAUUACAUGUACAUGUAGUUUCUGUGUGGUAGAGAUACUGAUCUUGAUGGCAUAUACUUCCUGUAUUGCAGCCCACAUGUUGGGAGGUCAUGCUGGCACAUGUACAUAUACAUUGUACAAAGCAAAGAGUGCAUGUUGACAGGAAGUUUUGUAGGGACCAGCCUAUUUACGUGUAUUAAUGAAACGUGAGUUCUGGUGAUGAUCAUAGGUGUUUCCUGUUGGCCCUUGCAUGGAUAAAGGACCUACAUGUACAUGUAUUUCACCCUUGUCACUAGCUGGUGGUGGUUUUAUAAGCAGGUUUGCAGAUUUCCUGGUUUGAACGGUGCCAUAUUAUUGCUGCUUGGAUUCUGGAUAAUGCUGAUAGGUGGUGAAAGGAUAAUGGCAGAAGCAUUUAUGUACACGUUACCGGCAUUGAGAACCUGUCCAUUUCCAUUCCUGCAUAGUGGAAGAGUAUCAUCAGCGCUGUCAAUAAUCAUCCUCCUUUGUCUAGUCUUGCCAUCUUGUGCUUUAAAUCAACGACUUGUAGACAAGCUUCUUCAUUUCAGUUCUCCAGAGGCAGACUUACAGAACUUUGUCAUCCGUGAAGAUACAGGCGAGAUCUAUCUUGGUGGAACAAAUAAGUUGUACAAUCUUUUUUCCAACCUUACCAAGAAGUUGAAGUUGGACACCAGAGUGGAGGGAAUCACUCACUUUUGCCCAGCUGUGACAAACUGCCCACAACUACAGGGAGACAACAUCAACAGGCUUUUGCAAAUUGAUUAUGGGAAUAACUUGACCGUGUCUUGUGGCAGUGCAUUUGCUGGCACCUGUGCUCUGCUUGAUUUAAAUAACUUCACAAAGGUUGUUGAUUGGCCAACAUCGGCUUUUGAAACUGAUGGUGCACUGACUGAGGAUAGUCUAACCCUAGGAGAGACAGUUGUUUCGUUUUAUGCGCCAUUCCAGAUUGGUAAUGAUGGGCCAGAAACCCAAGCUCUUUACGUUGGCGCUACAUAUAAUAGUGAUGCCCUGUACAGUAAUAUCGGUCAACACGCUGCUUCUGCAAAGAAACUUGUGGAGACAAACUCAGGGGAGUGGCAUUUCUCAUUUGCAUACCGAGAUGUUGAUUACCAUCGGAACUCCUCCAUUGAUAUUCGACCUCGUUACAGAAAUAACUACAAAAUUAAGUACAUUUCUGGGUUUAAUUCUGGAGGCUUCAAUUACUUUACAACUGUACAGCGCACAGAAAUUGAUAGCAACAGAUAUCAUUCACGCAUUGUGAGGAUUUGCACGAAAGACAAAAGCUUUUACUCCUACACUGAAAUGGAACUUAUUUGCAAUAGCCAGGCAGGAAAUGUUUACAACAUCUUGCGGGCGGCUUAUGUUGGCAAAGCUGGUUCUAACCUGGGCUUUCCUAUUGGAGAGGACAUACUAUUUGCCAUUUUUUCACCAAGCAUUUCCAUGGAGUCUGAAUCUGGCAGUGGUAUGUUGGAGUCUGACCAACCAGGCACAGACUCAGCCUUGUGUGUAUACAGCAUGAGUAAAAUCAACAAGCGAAUCAAGAAGGGACUGCAGGAAUGUUUCAAUGGAGAUGGAACUCAAGGAUUGAGGUUCCUGUCUGACGACCGUUUAUGUAAUGAAGCCGUGUAUCGUCCAGUGGAUGAUGACUUUUGUGGCACUUCAGAUUUGCAGCCAAUAGAGGCCAGAAAGCCUGCUAGUGCAGCAGACAUCUUGAGGGGUGGAGGGGCAGGAAAGUCAUUUACAUCUAUUGCUGCUAUGCCAUUUGGUGAUGAUACUAUCGCAGUAGUGGGUACCAAGGAAGGACAUGUCUUAAAGUUUCUGUUACAGCCUCUGAGUUCAUCUUCAGACUCCAACCUUCAUUCAGGAUUUCCAUACAAGGACCUGGACUUGUCCAACAGUCCAAUUCUUCCAAACAUGGCCUUUGACAAAACCAGAGAGAAUGUCUACGUCAUGUCAUCCCAUGAGAUUUUCAAGAUUGCUGUCAAUUCAUGUGAGCACCAUGUUGACUGCUCUGCAUGCGUUGUAACCCAUGAUCCAAACACCUGUGGAUGGUGUGGGUUUUGUUCAACAAGAUCUGGUUGUUUAGAGCAAAGUGAUACCUUGCCAUGGCAACGAGAUAGCUGCCCACCUGCAAUAUACAACGUGGUACCCUUAGCUGGCCCAUUAGAGGGUGGUACACGAGUGACAAUAACAGGUGAUAAUUUAGGGCUUACUGCAGCAGGCAGCCAUCCCCCUGAAGUUAAUGUAGCUGGGCAGCCAUGCGCUGUCAUGCAGCAACUGAGUGAGAUUUCCAGGAUUGUGUGCAUCACAUCUGUUGUAUCUUCACCCGUGACUGGACCUAUUGUUGCUAAGGUGGUGCUCUAUGGUGAUAAUCUGUCUUAUAAAGUGAAUGGAACUGUUUCUACAGAGAAACGUAUUAACUUCACAUAUGUGGAUCCUGUCAUUACAAACAUUGAGCCCAGGUAUGGCAGGCAGUCUGGAGGGACGAUACUUACCAUCACUGGUAGUGGAAUGAAUGCUGGAAAUGACAUCAGUGUUACAGUAUUAGGAAGAGCUUGUUAUGUUAAGAGUGCCAAUAUGACCACACUGAUAUGUGCUACUACAUCCUCCACUGUCACUGAAAGCGGGAAAGUUGAAGUAAGAAUUGAUGGCAUCAUCAGGUCCAGCCAUCAACAGUUUACCUAUGUCAGUGAUCCCACAUUGCGUACAUUCACACCUAACAAGGCAGUGGUUAAUGGUGGACAAACAGUUUCAGUCUUUGGAAAGAAUUUGAAUUUUGUGCAAGUUGCCAAGAUGAAGAUUACUAUAAGAAGGGAAGAUACAUCAGUGGAAGCACCUGAAUACUCAGUGGAAUGUUCCAUCUCUGAAGAGUACUUACAAUGUCUCUCACCUAAUAUAAGCCAGUCAGCAUCAGGGAUAACAUCCAUAGAGCCAAUUACGGCAGAGAUUGUAUUCUUCCUUGAUGGUAGGCCAACAGAGUUAUCAGCAACUGGAAGUGAUACAUCUGAAUUCCUCUUCUACCCUAACCCUGUGUUUGACCCCUUCUCUGGGGAUAAUAACGUCAUUGUGGUUAAGGAAGGCAGUUCUACUCUUACCAUCAUGGGCACAGACUUGAAUCUGGCCUUAGAAGCAUCAGACAUCAAGGUGACAGUCGGUGGUAGAGAGUGUAAGGUUACUGACCUCAAAGCUGAUGAACUUACUUGUGAGAUUCCAGAUAUGAGUGGAGCUGUGGAAGAUUCCCCAGGGUACAAGGUUGAGGUUCGUGCAGCGUCCACUACCAGCAUGAUAGGCUACAUGAAGAUUGACCCACGACCUUUCCCGUGGUAUGCCAUUGUCAUAGUUGUCUUAAUUGUCGUCUGCAUCAUUGUCUCUGUUGUUGUGUGGCACGUUCGCAAACAGUCCAAGGAAGAAGGGACAGACUUGGCUACGGGGGUUGUUACACCUAGUGUGAUAUUCCGCCAGACCAGCAGUACAGGUGGUGAGUCAGCUGAGGCUAGGGUUGUACCAGCUUUCUCUCGUUUGAACAAUUAUAUGAGGACACCAACGUCUUCAUCAGAGUCUGCAUUUGCUGGCAUCCCUGAUGAAAACAGACCACUGCUGGAGACAAUUAACAAGGAUCUAGCCAUGCAGAUCAGUGAAGUUCUUGUCAAUGAAGAUAACCUCAAACAAGGAGAUAUUGUUGGUCAAGGUCAUUUUGGCUGUGUUUACCAGGGCCGGAUCUGGCAGGAUGGUACAUCCUUCGCUGUGGCCAUCAAGUCCCUCCUCCGAGGAGGGAAGGAGGAGAUCAUUAACUUCUUACGGGAGGGCAUCAUGAUGAAAGACUUUAAGCAUCCUCAUGUCUUGGAGUUGAUUGGAGUCUGUAUCAACAGUAACAACAUGCCGCUGGUUGUGCUUCCAUUCAUGAAACACGGUGAUGUGCUCACGUACAUACGGGACCCCAAAAAUGAGCUUACAGCCAGAGACUUGUUGGAGUUCUGCCGACAAGUUGCAGAAGGAAUGGCCUACCUAGCCAGCCAAAAAUUUAUCCACCGUGACCUGGCAUCCAGGAACUGUAUGCUGGAUGACAACCUGCGAGUGAAGAUUGCCGAUUUUGGCCUGUCACGAGACAUUUAUGAGAGGGAUUACUACAGUGCCAAGGACAAGACAGCUAAGCUGCCUGUUAGAUGGAUGGCCCUGGAAAGUCUAGAGAGGAAUGUGUACAACACAAAGACUGAUGUGUGGUCUUUUGGAGUGGUGAUGUGGGAGUUUUUGACCCGUGGGAUGACCCCAUAUCCAUCUGUGGACAACUGGGACAUCUGUACUUAUUUACAGAGAGGGAGGAGACUGCAGCAACCUAUGCACUGUCCUGACCAUGUGUAUCAGAUCAUGAUGAACUGUUGGUCUGUGAGCCCAGUGGAUCGGCCAACAUUUGAUGACCUGGCAGGGCAGAUAACAGACAUCCUGAUGGCAUCAGUCAACCAAGAGUCAGAGGAUCACGAGAUCUAUCUCAAUGUGGUUCCAAGCAUGAAAUAAACUGGUAUAGGGAUCUUCUUUUUUGUCAGAUCUCUAUUACCAUCAGCAACUUACAGGAAUAGAUGGUGACCCAGAAGGAGACCAGAUGUGUUCCAGGCCGGUAUCUGACUUGCAGGUCAGAUUUGCAUUGACUUGCACUGACUUCUUGUGGGUAGCAUUACCAAGCGGUAUCCAUAUGUUGUCUUCAGCAUGAAAUGAUCAGAUGUAUCUUAACCACUUGCCGUUGAGGAGUCUGGUUUCGGGCACAUAUUCUUUGUACGCGUAGCCGGGUUCUCCAAAUUCCGACAAAGGGAACUGGGCCUUGUAACAAAAGACUGUACCCAUGACAAAAGACCAGGCUGCUGGGAAUUACCAACAUCUAUUUACUCUCAAUAGUGGUGAUAAUCCAGCCUUGUUUUGAAACAGUAUACCAUGGUUUGGGGUAUUCAGCGCAAGCGGAUUACCGCCUGGGACAAAAGUGCUCCACCACACAGUACUGCUGUAUGCUAAUCUGGCCCUUAUUGAAAAGAGGUCAGCAUUGCACUG